GCCCCCUCCCGACGACGAGCACCAGAAGCAGCAGCGAGCAAGCCAAUCCCGCCGCGCACCGCAUCGUCUUCUCCCACCUCCCCCCCAAAUCCCCCGCGAUCCCCGAAACCCUAGUCCCCGACGCCGCAAUCCGACCUCACCGCCGCCUCCCAGCGCUCCCGCGAUCCAGGGGCGCUCUGCGAUGGUUCCGGAGCGGGAGGUUUGAGCUGUCUUGGGGUCGGUCUCGAGGAGGUUUUGGAUGGGUUUGGACGGGGAAGGCGGCGCGGAGGCGAGGAAGCCGCGUAAGAGGCAACUGGUAAUGGAGUCAAGCGAUUCUGAGGCAGACGAGUACCGCAUCUCGGCGCGGGAGAAGGCUGGACGUGUCGGCGACUCUGCGGGCAAUGCCGGUGCCGGCAGCCAAGGCAAUGGUGAUCAGUCGGAUGAGAAAGUGGUCGAUGUUAGUGCUGAGAAGGUUUCGGAGGCUAGGUCCCGUGAUGGAGACGUUUCAGAGAAGAACAAGGGAGGUGAUCUGGAUAGGAGUGAUUCACAGCCUGACCGCAAGAGGAUCAGAGUUGAUGCUGUCCAUGGUGGUGGCAGUGGAAGCAGUGGAAGUGUGUCUAAGGAUGGAACUGGUGGGAGAAUGCUGCCCCGGGGGUUCCCGACAUGGCGGUUUGAGAAGCCAGAGGUAAGGGCGGGGUGGGUUCUUGAUGAGAAAGGCGGAGUGGAGAUGAAGGUAAGCGGUGCUUCAAAGGUGAAGGAUCAGAUGCCGAGUUUUGAUGGCAAGAGGAGGCGGGUAGAGCCACAGAAACAUGAGAAACGGACGCCAUUAAAGACUGAUCAAGGCAAACUUGCUGAUUCUGGCCAACAGGAGGUUAUAAGGUUGCAAGGGAAAAGGGGUGUUUUGAGGAUAUUGCCGAAAAACGAUAAGGUGGUCAGGGAUACUGGUGAUGGCAAGAUUCUGCUGACGAACACUAAGGUGGAUGAGAAGACUGGUGAUGGUAGGAUUCAAACAAAGAGAGGUGUUUUAAAGCUCCUGCCGAAGAACAUUAAGGUGGAUGGGGAAGCUGGGGAUGACAGGAUUCCGACGAAGAACAUUAAGGUGGAUAAGGAGACCGGUGAUGGCGAGAUUCGGAUUAAUAGAACUAAGUUGGAUGGAGAGUUUGGUGGUGACAAGAUGCCAACGAAGAACUCUACUGUGAAUUUGGAAACUUCUGUUGGAAAGUUUCUGCCCAGGAACAGUAAGGUGGAUGGCGAAACCAGUGAUAGCUAUAAAGGAGAUGAGGAGAAAAGUGGUGCCCUUGCAGAGUUCCAGAAGCAGGAUGCAAAUGGUGAGAAGAGAGUUAUGGGAAAGCUAGUCUCUCCCAUCACGCUGAGGAAAAGUGAUCCAAGCGUAGCGGGAGUUUCUUUGGGCCAGAGAAUGAAACAGCAAAAUUCAAAGCAACAACUGAAGAUCUCCUCACUAAACCAUCAUCGGCCUUCAGUGAGUCGGAAAGAUGAGAACAUUAAAUCAAGUGAACACAAGAAUCUGAAAAAGAGAUUGCACGAGCAUAAAGGGUCUCCGGAAGAUUUAUCGAAGAAGGCAAAAUCAAAAGCCAUUGGUCUGCAAAGCGCAUCUGGUCCUGCACUCAAGAAGCCUGAAAUGAAGAAGUCAAAGGGAGGACCUCGCAACAAACUCAAGCAGGAUCUCAGGAAUCAGAUAAAACGCUUGCUUUUAGAUAAUGGAUGGAAAAUUGAUCUAAGGCGUAGGAAAAGCAAAGAUUAUGAAGACUCUGUCUAUGUUUCUCCUCAAGGGACUGGCUAUUGGUCAAUCACUAAGGCUUAUGCAGUUUACCAAGAGCAGUUUCAAAAUCCACGCGAUGAGAAGCAUAUGGGCCGCUCAUCUAAACUUAAUAGUAUUGAACCAUGUGCUUCAGAUGCCAUAUCAAAGGAUCAUCUAGCAAUGCUGAGAAAGAAUAUAGUUAAGAGAAGGACAAAGGAAGAAAUUGAUGGUGCUGAAAAGAAAUCUGGGGGCAGCAGAAGCAGAAACUCAAAAGAUAUCCUUGUUGUUAGAAGUUCUAGAAACAAGUAUCAGAACAAGGAGGAUAGUUUAAUAGUCAGGCAUCGGGGAUGUGGGCUUCUUGUCCGUGGGAGUAUGCAUAAUAUGGAAGAUAACAUGGAUGGCUAUAUUCCAUAUGAAUGGAAGCGGACAGUAUAUUCAUGGAUGAUAGAUCUGGGGGUUGUUUCUGAAGACAUGAAGGUCAAAUACAUGAACAAUAAGGGAGCAAGGGCAAUGUUGGAGGGUAAAAUUACCAGGGAGGGUAUUAACUGUGGAUGCUGUUCCAAGAUUCUCACAGUUGCGAAGUUUGAACUUCAUGCUGGUUCAAAAGAGCAGCAGCCCUAUGCAAACAUCUUUCUAGAAGAUGGUAGCGUUUCGUUGUUGCAAUGCUUACUUGAUGCAUGGGAGAAGCACACACGAUAUGAAAAUAUGGGGUUUUACAAGAUAGAUCCUUGUGAUGACCCAUAUGAUGAUACUUGUCCUAUUUGUGGUGAUGGUGGUGACUUGGUGUGCUGUGAUUGCUGUACUUCAACUUUUCACUUGAAUUGUUUAGGAAUUAAGAUGCCCCCUGAAGAUUGGUAUUGUCGCAGCUGUUUAUGUAGGUUCUGUGGUUCUGUCCAAGAAAAGACUUCAUCUUUUCCUGAGUUACUUUGUUGCUUGCAAUGUUCAAGGAAAUAUCACCAAGCUUGUGCACCUGGAGCCGGGAGAGACUCUGUUUGUACCAAUCCUAGUACCUCGAUUGAUUGCUUUUGCAGUCUAGGAUGUAGAGAGAUUUAUAAACGACUAAAAAAGCUUCUUGGGAUAAAGAAUAAUAUGGAGGCUGGAUUUUCUUGGAGUCUGGUUCGCUGUUUUUCUGAUUGUCAGGCCAUACCCCUCAAAAAGAAAGCACAAUUGGUACAUUGCAACUCCAAGACAGCCCUCGCUUUCUCAGUUAUGGAUGAGUGCUUUCGGCCACAUAUUGAUGAGAGAAGUGGGAUUAAUAUGAUUCACAAUGUUGUAUAUAACUGCGGGUCGGAUUUCAGUCGUUUAGACUUUAGUGGCUUUUAUUCAUUUAUCCUGGAACGAGGAGAUGAAGUCAUAUCCGCGGCAUCUGUUAGGAUUCAUGGAACUGACUUGGCAGAAAUGCCAUUCAUAGGCACAAGGGGCAUGUAUAGGCACCAAGGGAUGUGCCGUCGACUACUCAAUGCAAUUGAAUUGGCCCUUUGUUCUCUCAAUGUUCGAAAACUGGUAAUACCUGCGGUACCUGAAAUGGAAAACACUUGGACAACUGUUUUUGGUUUUAAGCCUGUUGAACCUUCCAAGAAACAAAAGAUCAAGUCGGUAAAUCUCUUGAUUAUCAAUGGCACCGGUCUUCUAGAGAAGAGGUUGCUGCCAAUAGGUGCAGGCGAUGGACAGACCACUGCCAGUCCAGCUAAUCCCGUUGGAUCUGAUAAGACAGAUGCUCAAAUGUUAGGUGAAGCGAGUGGAUCUGUGACACCUGUUCAUGUUUCUCGUGAAUUUGAUGUUGCCGAUGAUCUUGAAACUAAGUAUCAUGAGAAUCCUCGCCCAUUAAUUGGAAACUUUGCAGGCUCAUCUGACCAGCCUCCUGCUGCUGAAGAAAAUGAAGCAAAAAUAACUCUAGAAAGGACACCUCCAGUAUCCGUAAGUGGUGUUAAGUCACAUACACUUCCAGGAGUUGAUUGUGGAGAUAACAUGCAGUUCAAGUCUGAAGCAGACAACAUUCAAGAAGAGAAAUACACAGAAACAAAUGGGAAAUUAAUUGCUGAAAACACUGUUGCAGAAGAGAAGUGUGGAGAUAUAUCUAAUUCCUAUCAUGCAAAUUCACUGGCUACUCCAGUGGCAGUGGACCCAUGUACUUGUUCAUCUAAUGAGAUUGUUGAAGCUGCUGCCGUAACAGACAAAACUGAAUUAAAUUAUCAUUCUGUCCACUGUGCCAAUCAAGAGGAUAAGAAAUCCCGUGCUGCUCCUGCUGACACUGACGUACCUUCAGUUACUAUGGAUGAAAAACCUGAUAACCAUGAGUUCAAAACUAUGGUUGCUGAUGGUUAUAUUCAAUGCUCAACAGAAGAUAAAGGUUUGGAAGGUAUAACUAAUGUAGUAGAUGGAACAUCAAUAGAUGCCUAUAGAGAUAAAGAUACUAGUGAAGAUUACAGUGCUUCUGCAGUUGGCCAUGGAGUAUCCAUGAAGGGAUCUGUUCAGCAGGCAGAGGUUAUCAAGGACAAAAUUGGCUCAUUUUCACCAGAUUUGAAACGUCCUUCUAUUAGUAAACAUAUGCUCGAGAAAUUAAAUGAGUCAAAGUCAAUUGAAAGUGAUAACGUUGAAAUGAAUGAUGCAACUAUUAAGGUGGGAAUGACAGUUGAGAGCUCUAAUGAUGCAGGAAUAACAGCUCCGACGGUGGACAUAUCAAAUGAUGUUUGUGGUGAAGUUAUAGCUAAGCGAACUCAAACUUGUGGGGAGGGUCAACUUCAUGGAGAGGAUGGCAUAUACUGUAGUAUGGAAGAUGACCCAUCUUCUAGAGAACCUGUUAAUGCAUGAUUUGUAUUUUCUGCUACAAAAGAGGUGAUAAGGGGUAGGUGUUCUUCAGUUAGUGUAGUCAAUCAAGUUGCUGGUUAUGAAGGAAACAUUUUGCUGGGCAUUUGUUAAUGUUGUGGUGCCUGGAAGAGCUGGAGCACAGGUGCUUGGGCUGAUGUGAAUGAAUUGUUCUGUUUGCGAAGCAAUGGGAGAUGGUCUGAUUUUGUGCGUGAAGCAUGUCUCAGUUCUCAAUUCUCAACACCUAUAGCUGGAGCAAUUGGACUAAUUGCAUUUUGCAGCUCUGGCUCAUCGAUGUUUCAGGACUUUUGGUUAUUUCUCUGAGGCUGUAGAUCAUGAAGCCUUUUUUGAGUAGUAGACAUAAGCGGUUUGUACCGGAGAAGCUCUAUACGACCCGCAAACUGGGUCAAAAUUUUUUUUUUGUACAUAGAUAUGUGGGAGUUUUCUGUUGUCUUUCUGAUCCAACUGGAUUAUCUCUGAAGAUGGUUGGUAUGCAUGUUAAGGAUGUAGGCAUGGGCAUCUGAACCUUUGCUAUGUACCCUGUACAGUUUUCAUAACGGUGACGGUACAUGUA